AUGCCUCCAAAGCCUAUUUUCUCUCGCGGUAAAGGUGCGCCGAAGAAGCCCGACGGAAAACGCAAGAAAGAUAGCUUGAAUGGAGAGGCAGAGGCAACCCAUCCAAAGAAGAGGACAAAAAAGGAAAUCCCGCAAGUCCUGGACGAGGCACUUCUUGCAGCCGAUCUCAACACUGAUUAUUCGAAAAGAAGGAAGAAGCUUAGGCAACAAAUGCCCAAGAAACAGAAAUGGCCAAAAGUGAAAGGCGUUAUCACAGAGCGGGAAAAUGCACCUCAAGGCUGGAACCCAGAGGAGCCUGACCUGAUGCCCGAUGACUGCGAAGCUCAGAUCGAAAGGUGUCUUGAGCGGAUCGCAGAGAAUAUAAUGCCUCAUGUCUAUCAACAUAAAAUGAAAGAAUUUAUGGCAAAACAGAUGGAGCGCGAUGCGCUGAUGGCUACAGAGCCAGGUUUAAGUUGGCCCGUUGUACAGCGCCUAGAUGAUCUCAAAUUUACGUUGAAUUGGCUCGUAGCGGCAAACGACGAACACAAGAUGGUCGAUACAGUAAAAGCCAUUAUUGCACAAUAUCGAUCAGGGGAAUUUGAUUGGCAUCCGGGCUUUGUCACCUACUGGCAUGCUGGAGUUCAGCUCUGCCUGCCGAGACCUUUCAACUGGGGUGAAUACCGCUACAUUCAUGACAAAUGUCAGGGACACGAGGGGUUCUGGGUCGAAGGUAUUCUCGGGCCUGGGCCUGGCAUGAGCAAGACUUCGAUGGCAUGCCUACCGGAUCCGCGUAUCAAUGCCACAAUGGUAGUUAUUUCCCUCUCAAUUGCCCUGUUGGCCACUUCGUUAAGCGCUAUUUCUAAUAAUCUUCUUCAGGUGCGGCUUAGCCUUCGGAUCCCACAGGCUCCGUCGGUUGCAGGAAAAAGGAUAUCGAGCUUCGAAUUCCCGUUCAUGGACGACACCGGGUCUACGCAUAUGAGCAUAUUUGAAGACGACAUCAGCAUUCUUCAGGAUAACAAGACAUACCCCUUGCCCCGAUGCCUUGGUGUUGGAGUUCACUAUACCUCAGAUGACAGGCGGGUCCCCUCGCUAUAUAGAGAAUUAGAAGUCAACAUGUGGAGUGUGGAUGAAGGUAGUUGGAUUUCCAAGUGGGAGGCGAUACCGGCUUCCAUCCGGAGUGGUCAAGCAACGAGGGCCGGCGCUGACCGUUUGACUGGGUCAUGGCUACGACACAGGUUUUACACUGGAACUUGUCCUGAUCAGUCCAUGCGUCUUUGGGUUUUUAACUAUAACCCUGGGAUACCACAGGGUCAGAGGACUCUUCCUACCGCGACCCCGGCACAAUUGACCGCGCCCUUCCAAACUGCAAGGCUUCAUCCGGUUGGAGACUUUCCUCAUCUUGACCCAAAUCUCGCGUCAGGGCAAAGUUUGAUCUAA